AUGGAUGGCUCAUUGGUUGCUCUUGGUUUCCUAGUCGGAAUUUGUGCCACACUAAAUGGUGUCGGCGUAUUCACGCAAGCAUGGAUUGUAGAUACAGUAACCGAAAGAGGGUACUCUAUUAGUGCUUCAAUUGGAAUUGUUCCUUAUUAUCAGGACGAUCCAGGAUGGCUGAAAGCUGGAAGUGUUCUCAUCUGCUCCUCCUUUUGUUUCUUCAUUACCCUCUCCAUUUGGUAUAUUGUCAACUUAAUAAUUAUCAACCGAUUUGGAUAUACACCUCGAGUCCGCCGACUCUUCUAUUCAAUUGCUUUUGCCGCUAUUAUGGUAAUUGGCUUCACUGUCGUUGCUGUUAUUCUGGUUGGAGCGAAUAUCGCCACUUAUAGUGAUGGAGCCGAAAAGUUUUCGCUCGGAUACUCUGCAUGGCUUUGUGUUUCUUCUGCGAUCCUUUCGUUGGGAAUCGUUGGCUUGUCUAUUCAUUUGGCAAGAAAGAGUUGCUGUGAUUGCUGA